AUUAAAGUAUAGUCGCAAACAAAAUUAAAAUACGGAAAAUAAAUACCAAAACGAUUGUAUUUAUCAAAAUAUAUUAAUUAUCACAGUUAUGGAUGAUAGCGACAACUCACAAGAAGAUAUAAAGAAUGGGAAUAGGUGCCAAAAAAGGUGUCCGCAAUUUACCAUAGAAGAAAUUGGCAAACUUGUAGAAUUAGUUGAAAAAUACAAAUUUGUAUUGUUAAACAAAACUACCAAUGCAAAUACUAUUCGUUGUAAAGAUGUAGCUUGGGUAAGAAUUGGCAAGGCUUUUAACAACCAGGGAUUUCCCCAUGAAAGAAGUGUUGAGAGAUUGAUAACCAAGUGGAAAAAUUUAAAAAAGCAGACUCGUAUCCUUUUUCGUAAUGAUAGUGAUUUAAAUCAAAGCCAGCAUGACCCUAUUUUUCAUCAAAUAUGGGCAUUACUGGCAGAAAGUGAUAGCAAUGAAGCAUACUCAGCAGAUGUUCCGCCAGAACUUUCUGAUGAUGAAGAGGAUACUAAAAAUCAAGUAAACAGGAGAAAAAAUGGGUGGGACAGAUGCAAAGUAAAAAAAUCAGUAUCAGAAGAUAUUGCAGAUGAAAGUGGCAGUUCAAGGGAAAGAUCUGUGAAUUUCUCACCUCAGGAAACAAAACUAUUAAUUCAGUGUGUAAGGGAAGAGAAAAAUAUUGUUUUCAAUAAAAGUUGUUCAUUAAACUUAAGAAGACGAGCUUGGAAUAGGAUUGCUAAUUCCUUCAACAAGCAAAGCCCAGUAGAAAGAACAUCCAAGGUUCUGCAUACAAAGUUUGUAAAUAUGAAGAAUAAGGCGAAACUUCUUAACCUCAAAUCUUACAUGAAAGAUUUUAGCCGAAAACACAGUAAAUUAGUCAACGAAAAUACUAGGCAAAUAAAACCUGAGCCUAUAGAGGCUAUAGAGCCAGUAUUCGAAUUGAAGUCUCACAUCGACGAAUCUCACGACGACGGGUUCAAUGACCUUGGCGACGUGUCGGGCCGCGGCCGGCUGAGCCCCGACCCUCUCAGCACGGUGCUCAACGGCGACGCUGGCACCCCCUGGCAUGUAGCGGAAAAUAGGGAAGUGGUGAAGAGGCAGCUGGAACUGCUGGACUAUCAGAUGGAAACUGCUAAGCUAGAACGGCAACGCCUACUAGACGCCAUGCAAGCGGAGAGGCGCGACCACGAGACGCGAGCCACAGAAGCGGCCUUGAGGCUGCGGGCGGCGCGACUCGAAGCGGUUGCCAUGGAGACGAGGCUGCCCCCCGCGCACCCCGCGCUCGCCUACCCCCCGCCCGAGCUCCCCGCGCGCGAGUAUGCAGCCUCCAUGGAGUUCCAAAGUGAUUUGUGAGUUUUUUAAGAAUGGCAAUGUUUUUAAAAAGUUAUACUUUUGUGAUCCGGAUAUUAGUCGCGCGGCUGGUAGGAUUUUU